AUGGUCUUACCCCUUCAAGUUAUCGUUUCCCACUCCGCCUCUAAUGUUCUCUUGUCUCGGUCCGUUCUUCGUUGUGUGGUUGGGAGUGUCUCCAGUGCAAAAAACAGUGUUCUCCAGAAUCUGAAGUCUGUUUUCGGCAGCUCCGUUCCCCCCGUCGACGAUUCCAGCCAUCCUUCUGCCGCCCGCCCUUUGACUUCGGAGGUGGAGGAGGCCAAGGGCGUCAUCUCCGCUCGUAUCCGGGAGGUCACCUCUCGUCUGGCUGAACUGGAGUCACUGAAAGCGGACUUUGCCAACUCCAUGAACUCGGAGUAUGCUUUCUUUGAACAACAGCAGAGUGCCGACCUUGCAGCAACCCUUCGCACCUAUGCCGCCCUGCAGGCGAAGCGGGCAGACAGGUGUCGG